CGAGCAGAGACCAGCAUUGAAGUGUCGAGACUUGAUGAUAUUUGUUCCACCUAGAACGGGUAGAGUGCUUCAUUGACUUAAAACAUGGACCAGGCAUCAAAUCCUUCAAGACGGUUCGCCACACCAUCACUAGCCGUUUAUAUCUACGCGUUUAUCGUGGGAGCUCAGCAAGGAGCGUUGGGUUCAGCAUCACUUCAAGCAAUUGAGUUUUUGGUCUCAUUUGAGCUGGGGUAUGAAGGCAAGAAUAAAACAUCGGGUGGGCCAUGCUCCGGCGAGCAAGCCAACACCACCGGGAGUGACGAGGCCAACGCGUUAAUUCAAGAACAGACAUCUUCUGUUGCCUUCGUUGGGGCCAUGCUAGGUGGCCUACCAGCGCUGUUAGUUGUUAUUGUGCUUUCGACGUGGAGUGAUGGCGCCCGUAGUUACAGACAGCUACGAUUUGUGGCCGUUUUACCAUGCAUUGGAAUGACCCUUUAUAUGGCCGUAUAUGUUGUCGUUUUGGCGUUAAGACUAUCGCCGUGGUUAACUCUUCUAGCAUCCACUUUUAUGGCGCUGGGAGGAGGGGUCUAUCUCCAAUUUGCGAUGAUGACAAAGUAUUUAAUUUAUGUAAAUGCGGAAAGAGAGCGAGCAGUGUACAUUAUUUAUCUGCAAAUUUUGAGCUUCUCUGCGCAGGGUUUUUCACAGCUUGGCACCGGAUAUUUAAUAGAGGGCGCUGGCUUCAUAACUCCUUUCGUCAUCCUCUUUUUCAUUUGUCUUGGAACUACUGUCUUUGUUGCUAUUUAUCCACCGAUAAUAGAGGCAAAGCCCACCACAGACGAUCAACCCAAACGAGGAGGCGUGCUCACAAUGUGUAGGGAUAUUCUGGCAGUGUUCAGGGAUCCUGAUACUGGAGAAUGCAACACCAUUCUUGCGUUGUACUGUGUAAGCCUUCUCAUUUACAUGAUGUUGACCAUCUACUUCUUAAUCUUGGUGCAAAUCUAUGUGUUGGGAACGCCCUUCUGUUGGUCACCAUCUCUAAUUGGUUACUUUGGUGUAGCGAAACUAGUGUCAUGUGCCACAGGUCUGUUGGUUGGAGCCAAGGUCCUGAAGAGAUAUUUUGACGACGACAUGAUAAUCCAGAUCGGUAUCUUGUCGAUGCUGCUCAGCACUGUUAUACCGAUCUAUGCUCGAACGGAUGCCGGAUUAUUUCUAAUUGUUCUUUUUGGCUGUUUUCGUAUUUUACCGGGUGCAGUCAUUACAGCCAGUGUGUCCAAACAUGCAAAGAAACAACAUUUCGGGAGCUUGUUUGGCGUGACUAUGGCCAUAGAAAGUCUGGCAAGUUCAUUAGCUCCCAUUAUAUUCGGCUCUAUCUACACACUGACUGUUGCUGAUGAUCCGCAGUUUGUUUUUAAACUAAUGGCUGGCCUCGCGGUGAUACCAUCCACUCUCAUCAUGUGCAUACAAUGCUGGAAUAUGACUUCGGGUGUGGCCAACUACACCGAGUACAAAGAGGGCGCCCUACUAGCUAGCUCGGGUCUGAAGAAAUGAGGGCACCCGGCGUGGCGCUAGAGUCAUCACCGACAAAGUCGAGAAAUGUACCAGGAUUCAAGUUUCAGGGACCUUUUGGGGCCCCCCGGGAUUUUCGGACUGCAAGGAGAUUCCAAGAUUGAUAACUAUCUUCAGAGCUAGAGAAGUGAAUCAGAGAAAAGGUUUUCCAAUCAGCGGCAGGCAGGCACAAACAAAAGGAUAAUUACUUGUCACCAAGAAAGGUUUUAUGCGAAUAAUUAUUUUGAGUAAUUACCAAUAGUGUCCACCAUGCCUUUAAAUAUUUUAUUUUUUGUAGCCCCUUAUAUCAAGAGUGGCUUUUAUCCUUGACUUGUGCAAACUUUGAUAUUUUCUAACAAAAUAUACACAUCAAAUAGAAUAACCUACCCGCAUAUCUAGUCAUUAUUCAGAUUUCUAUACACGUCCGAUUUCAAUUAUAUCAAUUGAUGCGAGAAGAGAUCCCAGAGAGGCCACAAGGAGAAAAAGCUGUUGUAAUUAUAUUGGUACCCGCUGAGUUGUUCUGUAUAUGCCUCUCUGAAAGUCAUUGGACACUUUCAGUAAACAGUAUUGUCCAAGGCCCACACUUCGUGUAUCACAACUUCUAUAAAUAACAAACCUGUGAAAAUUUAGGCUCAAUCGGUCAUCGGAGUCGGGAGAAGAUAACGGGAAAACCCGUUUUGAGAUGGGCCUACUGUAUUCAUUAUUUUAUUAUGUUGAUCACAAAUCAGACGAAACAAUCGCCAUAAGAUUGAAUGUUUUUACACAUCGUGCCUAUAUACAUGAAGUCCAUGCUCCGUGGCUCUUUUGUGAAAACGCAAUGUCAAAGGUCACAAUAAUGGUCGACACAGAAGCUUUUUUCUCACCGUUAUACACGUCUGAAUAAUUAGAAUUUAUGACAAAGUCCGUAGGCCUAUUAAACAUCUUUCAGUAAUA